AACUCCGACAACAGAAAAGUGAACCAGGAAACCGAGGCUGCUAAACUGACCCACCGCCCCGGUCUGACGGUUAAACGGCAGUUUUAACGUUAGUAAUAACACAGUAUAUCAAUACAGGAUUUGUAUUUGCUAUUUAAGUUGAUACAAAGCAGCGACAUGGCGUCCCUUUUCAAGAAGAAGACUGUCGAUGACAUAAUCAAGGAACAGUCUAAAGAGUUGCGUGGCACUCAGAGACAGAUCACCAGGGACAGAGCAGCGCUGGAGAAACAAGAGAAACAAAUGGAGGCAGAGAUCAAGAAAAUGGCAAAGAGUGGUAACCGCGAGGCAUGUAAGAUCCUCGCCAAGCAGUUGGUCCAACUGAGGAAGCAGAAAAACCGGACAUACGCCGUCAGCUCUAAGGUCACCUCCAUGUCUACGCAGACAAAGGUCAUGAACUCCCAAAUGAAGAUGGCCGGUGCCAUGUCCACCACAGCCAAGACAAUGCAAGCAGUGAAUAAAAAGAUGGAUCCUCAGAAGACCCUGAAGACCAUGCAGGACUUCCAGAAGGAGAACAUGAAGAUGGGCAUGACAGAGGACAUGAUCAAUGACACUUUGGAUGAGAUCUUUGAUGAGUCUGGGGAUGAGGAAGAAUCCCAGGACAUUGUCAACCAGGUUCUGGAUGAAAUCGGCAUUGAGAUCUCAGGAAAGAUGGUUAGAGCUCCAGCUGCAGGAAAGAGCGUCCCCGGCGCUGCCUCCUCCAAACAAGCCACCAUCUCUGACGACGAGAUCGAGAGACAGCUCCGAGCUCUGGGAGUGGACUAAUCGCCAUCUUUGUAUUAAUGUUCACAUUAAGAACAAGUGCAACAUUAAUACUGAUUUAUACAGACUCUGCUAUGGUUCAAAUUCUACAGGUGUAACAAAGGGUGUACACCAACACACACACACACACACACCUGACAUUAAGAUGUACAUUAACACAAACAUAUUCUCACAUUCUUCGACAGGUGCAGAUCAUUAACACAGAACAUCUGAUCUAUUUAUGCGAAAAUAAUAUUUAUUAUGACAUCAGAGUGGCCAUAGCCUGAAGGUGGACCAUUAAUAGGUGCUUGACCUGAGGAACCACCUACACUGUUGUUCACCACCCAUCUCCGUCUUUAUAAGGGCUACAUUGACUGACAAUGGAUGGUACACGGUAAUUAAAAAGAGCUUAAUGGUUGUCAGUUAACAGAUGGAACUCGUAUUUCUCCUACUCACACUAUUUGCCUGCUAUCUUUGAUGCCAUUUGUUCAUUUAAAGUAUAUUUUUUUGGGGCUUUUAUGCCUUUAAUGGACAGCACAGUGGAGAGUGACAGGAAACAGGGAGGCAGAGAGAGGGGGAAUGACAUGCAGCGAAAGGCCGUCCGAUGCGGGAUUCGAACCGGGGCCAACUGCAGCGAGGACUGUAGCCUCUACACAUGGGGCGCCUGCUUAAACCACUACGCUACACGACGCCCCCAUUUGUUCAUUUAAGACCCAUCAGAUUUACCUUCUCUCUCAUGAACACAUCUCCUGGGCAAGUUUUCUGUUAUUAUGGGUAAAAUGCUGUUAAUUGAUUCCUUUGUCAUCAUCAGAGUACCAGAGAUAGGACUCAGUUACUUUACUGUGCAAGUGAAAGGAAGAAAAUGCAUCAUUACCCAGUUGAUAACUGUCACCACACAAAGCAAGCAAAUUGGUCGAGUAGAUCAUUAAUUAUCAUGUUUUUAAAAUCUUGGUAGUGAAGACAGACAUAUGCAUGUGAAAUGUGUAACUGACAUUGCCUUUGGGCGAGGUUACGGCCUUUACUUUAAUUGCAUGAGAUGAUGAGACAGAUUGAUCUGAGUGCAAACUGGCUGGUAUCUAAUUAGCACUGCGGAAGUUCCAACGCUGUAUAGACUAAACUUCACCAAACACAAAUUAGGACUAAUGAAAGACUAGCAUAUCAAAGAGUUUGGAAUCGAUUGUUUGAUACUACUGAGUAAUCAAAUGAGUUUGUUUUUUCGGCUUCUUGGUUGUUGCUUGCUGUCUGAUUUGUGUAUUUUAUUUUGGACUUGGGAUUUACACAGUGAUUGUAGGAUGGCACUGGUCCUGCAGUCCCUCUUCUCUUUCAGCUGCUGUGCAGUUACUGUCAUUUGUGGUUUUAAGCUGCCUCACUCACAAAUAGACACACACACACACACACAUACACACACUACACCACUGCGAGAAAAUGAUGGACGUGUUUGCUAAAAUGACACUGUGAUCCAAGAGACGUUUCUCUUUUUCAGAGCUGAAGCGGAUUCCUCUAUACAGUGAUUUGUUAAUGUCAGCCAGCUUCAGGCUUUAUGACAGCGACAGGCAUCUGCUCAUAUUAAUGUAGUCUUUAUCUUUCUCCAGCCGUUUGUUUCCACACUGAUUCCCAAUGCUAAAAUACAUUUUUUUCAAAUUUUCAUGCAUGUAUCUGACAUGCUCAAUUCACAAUUCAUAUUUUUUUGUUUGUAAAUCAUUCUUACCUCUACCUUCUAACACUCUCUUGUGAUAUUUUGAGCGGAAACAGAUUUUGACAUUGAGUGCUGUUCCAUUUGGAAGUUCCCCCUUUUUAAAAGGUGUACAAUAUGUAUACUCAUCUUUGUUUUCUUCCAUGUCAUUGUAAAGUGACUGUGUAAAGGGUUUAUGGCUUUUAUAAGGAAUAAAGUUUCUUCAGGUA